AAUAGUUCUGAAUUAAGCGAAGAAGAAAAACAAUUUGCUAUAAAAGAUUCUACUUGGGAUAAAAACUUUUUUAACCUAAUUAAACAAGGUCGAAAAUGUUUAAGAAAAGACUUUAGUAAUUGGACUUCAAAUAAUUCAAAAAUUGGUGAGAUAAUUCGAGAGGCACAGUUGCAAAUGCCUUUACCGCGUGCGCUGACUGAAUGGAUACCAUAUAUUCAUCUCGAAAUUAUAGAAUUCUUCAAGCAAGGCGGAUGUUCAUCUAUUUAUACGGCUACUUGGACAAAAGGGCUUAUUACUUCAUUUGAUAAAAAGAUGCAGUUGUUCGAACGAACCCGAAACAUCCCAGUUGUUUUAAAAUUUCUUAAAGGAUCAGCCACGGCUAAUGAUCGACUUUCAAAUGAGAGAUCCUCUAACACAAGAUUUGUAUUAGUGUUGAGAAAAUUGGAAGGAGAUUUGCGAGAUUAUAUCUUCAAAAAUUAUGAAACUUUAACUUGGAAGAAAGAUCUCCACUGCGGCAAUAUUAUGUAUAAAAAUGGUGCUUGGGCAUUGGCUGAUUUAGGGCUUACAGGUCCUUCCGACCAAGAAUCAAUUGUGGUGUACGGAAGUCUUGCAUAUAUGGCCCCUGAAGUUGCUGGAAUGUUGAUGUAUCAAUGCUGUAGUGGCGUACCUCUGUUUUAUGGCCUAGAUCAUGAUAGCAAUUUGAUGCUUUAUAUUUGCGAUGGAAUACGACCAACAAUUCCUGAGACGGUACCACAAUUUUACAAGGAUAUAAUGAAACAAUGCUGGGAUGCUGAUCCGCAAAAGCGUCCAAAAUCAGAAGAGCUAUAUAAUUUGCCUUAA